AUGGAAUAUAAAGAAACAACGAAGGAAACUGAGAGAGGUUUGGACUCUCAAUUAUGGCAUGCCUGUGCCGGCAGUAUGACGCAAAUUCCACCAGUGAACACGAAGGUAUUUUAUUUUCCUCAAGGCCACGCAGAGCAUGCCUGUGGGAAUGUAGAUUUUAGGAGUUGUCUGAGGAUUCCGGCUUAUGUGCCUUGUAGAGUUUCUGCAGUUAAAUUCAUGGCAGAUCCUGAGACCGAUGAGGUUUUUGCAAAAAUUCAAUUGGUUCCUGUUAGUGGGAAUGAUGUUGAUUUUGACUAUGAUGAUGUUGAUGGAAAUAAUGGAUCAGAGAAUACAGACAAAGCCCCGUCUUUUGCGAAGACGUUAACUCAAUCAGAUGCAAAUAAUGGUGGUGGUUUUUCGGUACCUAGAUAUUGUGCGGAGACACUUUUUCCUCGUUUGGACUAUACUGCAGAUCCUCCAGUGCAGACCAUUCUUGCUAAGGAUGUUCAUGGGGAUACCUGGAAAUUCAGACAUAUAUUCAGAGGGACACCAAGGCGUCAUCUGUUGACAACAGGCUGGAGUUCAUUCGUGAACCAUAAGAAGCUUGUGGCAGGCGAUUCAAUUGUGUUUCUGAGGGCAGAAAAUGGGGAUCUUUGUGUUGGAAUCAGGCGAGCGAAGAGGGAAAUUGCUGCUGGACAUGAAGCCCCGACGGGGUGGAAUCCAGCACGUGGGAAUAGUGUUAUGCCGUAUGGAGGGUUUUCAUCAUUUCUGAUAGAAAGCGAGAACAAGUUGGCGAGAAAUGGUAACCAAAAUUCUAGUGGGAAUUCGACUGGCAGGGGAAGAGUGAAGGCAGAAUCAGUUUUUGAAGCUGCAACUCUUGCUGCUGCUGGACAGCCAUUUGAGGUGGUUUAUUAUCCUCGAGCUAGCACUCCCGAGUUCUGUGUGAAGGCUUCUCUCGUAAAAACGGCACUACAGAUUCAAUGGUACUCUGGAAUGAGGUUCAAAAUGGCCUUUGAAACAGAGGAUUCUUCGCGUGUUAGUUGGUUCAUGGGAACAAUUUCCACAGCUCAGGUUGUUGAUCCUGUUCACUGGCCUGAUUCACCUUGGCGGCUACUCCAGGUAGCAUGGGAUGAGCCUGAAUUGCUUCAAAAUGUGAAAAGUGUCAAUCCUUGGUUGGUGGAAUUAGUUUCAAACAUGCCCACCAUCCAUCUCUCUCCAUUCUCACCCCCACAAAAGAAACUGAGAUUACCACAUCCCGAGUUCUCUCUAAAUGGUCAUUAUCCUUUGCCGACUUUUUCUGGUGGGCAAUUAAUAGGUUCUGGCAACCUCUUUGGUUAUCUUCGUGACAACACUCCUGCUGGCAUGCAGGGAGCCAGGCAUGCUCAAUAUGGUUUAUCGUUAUCAGAUUUCUACAUUAGACAACUACAGUCCGAUUUUUUUCAAACUGCUUUAUCCAAGGGAGCCUUCAAUUCAAACACAAUAAACCCUGGCAAUAAUGAGAGUGUUUCUUGUCUACAAACUAUAGGAAAUUCAAUCCCUACUUCAAAGAAUUCUGAUAAUGGGAAGACGACCCCAUUUGUGCUUUUUGGUCAACCAAUACUUACUGAACAACAAAUUUCUCAGAGCAAAAGUUCUUCGAAAGGUAAUUUAGACAAUAUGAAAAAUACUUCUGAUGGACGUGAUCAUACUUUACGUCAACAUAGUACUCCAGAGCGAUUAUCAAGUGAAGGCUUUCAUCCCAAGCUCGACUUGGAGGCCAGUCAUUGUAAGGUUUUCAUGGAAUAUGAGGAUGUGGGUCGCAGUGUCAACCUUUCUUUGUUUAGUUCUUAUGAAGAACUGUGCAAAAAGUUGACAAGCAUGUUUGACAUUGAUAGUUCUAGGAUCUUGAACCAUGUUUUCUAUCAGGAUGUGACAGGUGCAGUUAGACAACUUGGCGAUGAACCCUUUAGUGACUUCAUGAAAUCAACUCGAAGGUUGAGGAUUCUAAUGGAUAGAGGCAGUGACAAUGUAGGAAUGUAG